GUAUGUAAAUGGACCGAACCCUGCAGGCCCUUCAGCAGCACAAGUUCUUUACUUCUAAACUUGUCUGCUAAAGUUUUAUUGGUGAAAAUGGCGACUGACGGAAGCAAAAAGCAAGCUAAAAAUGUAUUGAAAGUUGCUGGCAAAUCAAAUGAAGAGGUUAUUCAAGGAUUUCAGAGAUUGCGAACUGAACAGAGACAAUUAGCCAGCAAACUAUCCGAGCUUGAAAUGGAUCUCAACGAGCACAAAUUAGUUAUUGAAACUCUUCAGAAUGUUGAUGCUGACAGGAAGUGCUUUCGCAUGGUUGGGGGUGUUCUUGUUGAGAGAACUGUCAAAGAAGUUUUGCCUGCUCUAACGUCAAACAGAGACCAGAUGACCAAAGUGAUUGAAGUUCUCAAUACCCAGAUAACAACAAAGGGACAAGAAAUUAAUGAUUUCAAAGAAAAGAAUAAUAUCAGGAUACGGAAUCAAAAUGAACUCCCAUCUGCAGCUCCUGAUAAUGAAGGCGAAAAUAAAGUUGCCAACCAGGGUGUCUUGGUGGGCACGAAACCCUAACAAAAUUUGUUUGUUUUGUAUGCUUUGAUGUUGAACAAAAUCAGAAAA